AUGGCCCAGACUCAGCGAGUAAUUGUCUCAAAAGACAUCUAUCAUGGCCUGCCAACCUUCCCAGAAGAUCUGAACGGGCUGACCGCAAUUGUCACUGGUGCGAAUGGAAUCUCUGGAGACUACAUGGUAGGACUAUUUCUACUCCGCGAUCUAUCUUCUUCCAAAUCCACCACUAACCGCUGGAAGAAGAUAUAUGCUCUCUCGCGUCGGCCGCCAAACGGCGAGUGGCCGAAGCAUGUCGAGCAUGUUUCGAUGGACUUCUUGCAGCCACCGGAUGCCUUGGCUGCUCAGUUAACUGAGAGGAGAGUGAAAGCUGACUAUGUAUUCUUUUAUGCCUACAUCCAACCUGCUCCAAAAGACGGAGGCGGCAUUUGGAGUGCCGCCGAAGAAUUGGUCAGGGUCAACACCAAACUUCUACACAACUUCCUCUCAGCCUUGGCCAUUUCAAACACUCUUCCGAAGACUUUCCUCCUCCAACUCGGCGCAAAAUACUACGGCGUGCACCUGGGUCCGGCCCAAGUCCCCCAGGAAGAAACCGACCCGCGUGUGCUCCUCGAACCGAACUUCUACUACAACCAAGAAGACUCUCUCAUUGCGUUCGCUAAAAGUAACAGCUUUAACUGGAUUACGACCCGCCCUUCCUGGAUCCCUGGCGCUGUCCCGGAUGCUGCCAUGAACCUCUGUCUCCCGCUGGCAAUCUACGCCGUCGUCCAGAAACACCUGGGAAAGCCUCUCGAAUACCCAUCUGACAUCGUAGCCUGGGAAACGCAGCAGACCAUUUCGAGCGCCCAGAUGAACGGCUAUCUGUCCGAAUGGGCUGUGCUGACGCGCGACGCCCAGAACCAGAGUUUCAACGCUACCGAUGACUGUGCGUUCACCUGGAGCAAGUUCUGGCCUAAACUAGCUGCCAGGUUUAGUCUUCCAUGGCUGGGUCCUGCGACCGACCCAGCUGGCCUGCAAGAGGUCGAGACGCCGUAUAACCCGCCGCCUCGCGGGAUCGGACCUCCGGCGAAAUUGAGAUACAAGUUCACGCUCGUGGAGUGGGCGCGAAGACCCGAAGUUAAGGAUGCCUGGAAGGCUAUUGCAAAGGAGCAUCAGUUGCGCAAUGCUGAGUUGUGGGAUACGGAUCGCGUUUUUGGGUUCACAGACGCGGCGAUUUCGUCGUCUUAUCCUAUUCAUUUCUCUACUACAAAAACGAAGAAGCUGGGGUUCUUCGGCUUUGUGGACAGUACAGAAUCGAUCUUUAAAGUGUUUGACCAGUUCGUAGACAUGAGGAUGAUCCCGCAGAUUCCAGGAUGA